CGGUACUCCAGCCGCCCCGAACCCCUCGACCUCCGCGUGGAGCCUGCAGCCUUCCCGGGAAGAUGGCGAGGGGGAGCCGCCGCCGCCUCCUCCUGCUGCUCCUUCGCUACCUGGUGGUCGCCCUGGGCUAUCAUAAGGCAUAUGGAUUAUCUGCCCCCAAAGACAAUCAAGUAGUCACAGCAAUAGAGUACCAAGAGGUUAUUUUAGCCUGUAAAAGCCCAAAGAAGACCAUGUCAUCGAGAUUAGAGUGGAAGAAACUGGGGCGGAGUGUCUCCUUUGUCUACUACCAGCAGACUUUCCAAGGUGAUUUUAAAGAUCGAGCUGAAAUGAUAGAUUUCAGUAUACGGAUCAAAAAUGUUACAAGAAAGGAUGCUGGGAAAUACCGUUGUGAAGUUAGUGCCCCAUCAGAGCAAGGCCAAAACCUGGAAGAGGAUACGGUCACUCUAGAAGUAUUAGUGGCUCCAGCAGUGCCAUCAUGUGAAGUGCCCACUUCUGCUUUGAGUGGGACUGUGGUAGAGCUACGAUGUCAAGACAAAGAAGGGAAUCCAGCUCCUGAAUAUACAUGGUUUAAGGAUGGCAUCCGUUUGCUGGGGAAUCCAAAACUUGGCUCCCAAAGAUCCAACAGCUCAUACACAAUGAAUACAAAAUCUGGAACUCUGCAAUUUAAUACUGUUUCUAAACUGGAUAGUGGAGAAUAUUCCUGUGAAGCCCGUAAUUCUGUUGGAUAUCGCCGGUGUCUGGGAAAGCGAAUGCAAGUAGAUGAUCUCAAUAUAAGUGGCAUCAUAGCAGCUGUAGUAGUUGUGGCCUUAGUGAUUUCUGUAUGUGGCCUUGGUGUGUGCUAUGCUCAGAGAAAAGGCUAUUUUUCAAAAGAAACUUCUUUCCAGAAGGGUAGUUCUGCACCUAAAGACACUGCAGUGAGUGAAAACGAUUUCAAACACACAAAAUCCUUCAUAAUUUAAAAGAACCCAGUUUUGAGAUACACCAAAACCACAGUUGUUAUUCAAGUUAUUAAAGUAUUAUAAGCCUCUGCUUUGACUUACAUUUGUGAAGAGGAGGGCUAGGAAAUGAACUUGGAACCUCCUUACAACUUUGAUAACCUCUAGCUCACCUGAAAUUGUUAUUUUUGUGAGAAAAAAAAUGUCAUUGUCUAAAAUACAACCUGGCUUCCUUUGUCCGAUCGAACUAGAGAAUCAAAAUACUGUUACACUCUGCGUUUUGUGAAAUGCUAACAAAUGUCUUAACUUCUGAAGAAAGUUAUCAUAAUAAAUCAUCUUGACUGUGAAGCUAAUCCACAGAGUGCAAGUAAAACUGCACACAUCUUCUGUGCAAGUCUGAUUUCAGGGUGUUCAAAAAAUGCUCUGUGACAGAUGCAAAAGGAAUCUCUGGUCUUGUUCCUACCAGAAUCCUCUUUUGUCCCCAAAUAUAAUCCUUGUUACACUGUUCAUUUAUCACUAGCAAAUCCAUUCAAGGCGGGCCACAGCACUGGGUCUUAUAAUCAGGGAUGUACACUUUGUGUUUACUUUCCUUUCUGAGAACCAAACACAAAGAGAAAUAGCUAAAGGCCAGAACUCAGGCAUACAAUGUAGCACUCACCUGGUGUGUCACUGAUGACAAAAAUCUGAGUCAAACACAAACCAUAGUGGCCUCAUUGGUGACUGCUAUUGCUGCCAUUUCUAUUCUCUGAAACUCCUUUGAAAAGACUCCAAUGCCUGACCAUUACAGCUUGUCACUAGAGCCUAUACAAUUAAGCAGCUACCUUUCCCUGCCUGCAAUAGUUUCACAGCUGUGCAAUUAAAUUCUCAGCUGGGUCAAGCCCCUCACCAUUAAAGAGCCAGGAGGUUGCCAGUUCUGCAUAUAACAAAGCAAGAAUGUGCAACUACAUCUUGAUACAGAGAAGGCAAAUAAGAUACUAUGGGUGAAAUAAAAAAUGGUCUGAUCUUCUAUGGAAAAGAAAUAGCCUGUUAUAAAGUUUCAGCUUUUAGAAUGGAUUAUUUGACUCUUAUUAAAGAUAAAAUAUAAGCUAGUGCUUGUCAUGUUCUUCUGGACAAAUCUGGAUAAAAAGACCACUUACUUGCCAGGUGCUGGUGGCUCACGCCUAUAAUCCCUACUACUCUGGAAGCUGAGAUCUGAGGAUCAUGGUUCAAAGCCCACCAGACAGGGAAGUGCAUGAUAUUCUUACUUCCAUUCAACCACCAAAAAUCUGGCAGUAGAGCUGUGGUUCAGGUGGGAGAGUGCUAGCCUUGAGUAAAACUCCGGGAUCAGUGCCCAGAUCCUGAGUUCAAGCCCCAGGACCGGCACGCCCCCCAAAAGAAUAAAUGGCCAUAGUACAGCUCUACCUUUGCAAAGUCUGAACAUAGACAAGUUGCUUUCAAAGGAAUCUGCUUUCUACUCAGUAGUCAAUACCAAUCUCCCUAAUUCCUGAGCAAAUGGUUGGCACACUCAGUGCCUAGCCCCCAGCUCACUGGGUGGAUGCCUGUUAUCAACUUGCUCCCCUUUGUCUUAUCUAUGGCAUCAGACUCACCUCUCAUUCCUGGCAGGCUAGCUUCUGUGAUAUGGCUGUCCCCAAAAGCAAAUUAUCAUCCCAUUAGUGAGGGGUCAGCAAAUGUUUUUCUUUUGGUGAUUCUGGGUUUAAACCCAAAGCUUGUGCACUUGCUAGGCAUACACUCUACCACUUGAACCACAUGCAAACUUAUUUUUUGGAGGGAAAGUUUUGCUUUUGACUGGAGACUAGCCUGGGAUGGCAUUCAGCUUCCCUUGUAGCUGGAAACACAGGUACACACCACCGUGGUUCAGAUACUAACUUUUUGCCCAGGUUGGUCUCAAACCACGAGGCCUACAAUUGCCAGCUCCCCAGUAACUGGGAUUAGCUAUGAGGUCCCACACCUUGCAACAAAUCAUUUCUAGAAAGGGCAAGAUAGUAGGUCUUUUAACCCACAUGGAUCCUGCUGCGGCCACUCAACUGUCAUUGUCCCAUCAAAACAGCAGUGGACAACAAAGAAGACCAGAGUGGGUCUGUAUUCCAGUUCUCUGGGAAUAGGAGUUAGCCCUCACACGUAAGUUUUCCACCUUGGAAGAAGUCAGGCUAUAUGUUGCCUAUGCUUUAACACAAAGAUGUGCUUUGGUUUAAGGAAUGCUUCAUCUCAUAUUGUGAAGUGCAAGGGGAUUUAUGACCACCAAAAAUGCAUCUUUAGACACACCAUCACUGGCUUAGCCACUUCAAUAUAAAGGACACAAAUUCUUACUGUGAAAUCAAGAGUAUAUAGUGCCUUAACUUCACUGAUAGAAGAAACUCUUUUAAGCCAUCAAAGACUACAGAAUUCAUUAUAUUCAGUGUAAACACCUAACACUGCCUUUGCCCCAAAUCUGUAUUAUACAUUAUCUUAAAAUAUUGUAUGCAACUAAGCGAAGACCAUCCUG